AUGAUAAUAGAUGAACAAUGCCCAUAUGAUUGUUUUGAGAUUGAAAAAUGUACAAAAAUUUAUAACAGCAAUCCCUAUAAAGUCAAUGGACCAAUUCUAGAAAAAGAUCUAAUUACUUGUUUAAAUGAUGCAUUGUACAAUAUUAGUAUUGGUCUGGAAUCAAAUUUUAACCCGGUGAGUCAACCAAAUGAUGAUAACAGCAUCAAACUCAAUAAAACACUUGAAGUAAAACCAUUAAGAUAUACCCAAUUUCAGAAAACAAAGGAUUUCAUAAAAGCUUGUUUAUGUGCAAAAAAAACAAUUGAUGGGUUAAUUGAUCGAAGGGAUGGGCCUUGCACAUCAUUGUUUUUAUUAAAUAUGGGUGUAUACAUUGAAUCUUUCAUAAUGGAUUUGGAUGUGGAUGGUGUAUACAGAGUGUUCCCUUUUAUGAAAUCCAUUUUACCAAUUGAUAAACCAUCAGUUAUGUCAUUGUCUCCUACUUUAACACACCUAAUAGCAUUACAGACCUAA